GAAGAUUAGCUUGAUGGGUUUUGUGACAGUUGUUCUUCCAUUAUUAUUAUCUCUCGCUGUGCAAGGAACUCUUGGAGGGGUAGAAUGUGAGGGUCUAGGCAAAGAGAAGUGCUCGUUUGCAGUAUCAUCUGCUGGAAAACGAUGUGUUCUUGAGAAGAUAGUGAAGAGGAGCGGCAUGGAAGCAUAUAUCUGCAGAUCAUCGGAGAUUGAAGCAGACAAACUGAUGGAUCACAUCGAGUCUGAUCAGUGCGUCGAGGCCUGUGGCUUGGACAGAAUGUCCCUUGGAAUCUCAUCAGACUCUCUCAUUGACUCUAACUUCACCAAGAAACUCUGCUCCACUGAGUGCUACCACAAUUGCCCUAAUGUUGUUGAUUUGUACUCCAAGCUCGCCGAGGUCGAAGGUGUGUUUCUUCCCAAGUUAUGUGAAGCAAAAGGUGCGGAUGCGAAAAGAGCAAUGGCUGAUGUGAAGAGCUCUGGUGCUGUGGCCGCAUGAACGAACUACUGUGCAUCCUGAAUCAAAAUGGACCAGCAGAUCCACCAACUUGAUUUUUCAAUCCAAAGAACAAAUAAUAUAUAUAUUAUUUUUGUUGGUAAUAUAUAAUUGUUCAAGUUACGCUAAGUGAUGUAGCUGUUAUGAAUAUACCAUCAAAUAUAUUUUGUUCAUUUAUUGAAUAAUAGUUAUAUAUGUAUAGAUACAUACUGGAUGGACUGUUGUCUUCUCACAGGCAACAAGGCAUAGCUUCCACUGUUCUACAUGCAUUUAAUGAUUAAUUACAAAUGAAAAGCAAAGCGU